AGCAAUGGCGCACCAUCUUCUUCUGAGGUACUAGUAUUUUGUUUCAAAUAAACUGCAUACUGAAUCUCUGCCUCUUGGAAGAACACCAGAGCUUUCGUGCCUCCCAAACUGAUGUGGUUGGGAAUGCAGGGGUAAGAUGAGCGCCGCCGCGGUGGCAAUCUCGUCGGGCCCGAGUUCCGAGAGGCUAGAGGCCAUCAUCACCGGCGCCGCCAGCGGCAUGGGCAAGGCGACCGCCGCGGAGUUCGUCAGGAACGGCGCCAAGGUCAUCCUCACCGACAUCCAGGACGACCUCGGCCGCGCAGUCGCCGCCGAGCUCGGCCCCGACGCCUCCUACGCCCGCUGCGACGUGACCAACGAGGAGCAGAUCGCCGCGGCCGUCGACCUCGCGGUGGCGCGCCACGGCCGGCUCGACGUCCUGCACAACCACGCCGGGGUCGCCGGGAGGAUGACCUUGGACUCCGUCGCGUCCCUCGACCUCGCGUAGGGCCCCUCCCGUUUGGUAAAAAAGUCUCUAAGAGGGAUUUUUUCUAGUCCCUACACAAAAAAAUCCCUGGAAACAAACACCCCCUAAGUUACUACCUUUAUAAUGCAAAGUAAUAUAGUAGUAGUGUCAUAGAGAACUUCAUUUAUUACCUUGUAGACUCAUCUU